UUCAGUUUUUCUACGGUCUAUGGUUGAACCGGUGGCAUACGGGGAGGUUGGGGAUAACGCUGUUUUAUGCAGCCCUCUCAGCUGAGUUAGCUAGCUAAUAUUUUCUAAUAAUUAUCGCAACCUGAAUAAUAAAUAAAUAAAAAUAAAAGGCAAGUCAACGGACGGCGCACCAUGACUUCUCCAAAAAAGGGAGACCUUUCCGUCGCUGAGAAGGAGUUAUUUCAAGUUAUAGCAGCAGGGAAUGUCCAGGAAGCUUCAAGGUUACUUGGAUGCAAGGAUGUGCGAGUGAAUUGCUUGGAUGAGUACGGGAUGACGCCCCUCAUGCAUGCCGCGUACAAGGGCAAGGCCGAUAUGUGCAAACUGCUGCUGCAGCACGGGGCUGACGUCAACUGCAACGAGCACGAGCACGGCUACACGGCCCUCAUGUUCGCCGGGCUCUCAGGGAAGACUGACAUCACCUGGAUGAUGCUGGACGCCGGGGCCGAGACGGACGUGGUGAACUCUGUUGGUCGGACUGCAGCUCAGAUGGCGGCGUUUGUGGGCCAGCAUGACUGUGUGACAGUGAUCAAUAACUUCUUCUCCCGAGCAAGACUGGAGUACUACACAAAGCCUCAGGGCCUGGAGAAGGAGCCCAAACUACCUCCCAAACUGGCUGGACCUCUGCACAAGAUCAUAAUGAGCACUAACCUUAACCCUGUCAAGAUGGUGAUGUUGGUGAAGGACAACCCCCUGUUAGUAGAUGUGGAGGCUUUAGAGAAGUGCUUCAGGGUGAUGGACCUGAUCUGUGAGAAGUGCGUGAAGCAGCAGGACAUGAACGAGGUGCUGGCCAUGAAGAUGCACUACAUCAGCUGCGUCCUGCAGAAAUGCCAGGCCUUCCUCCAGGAGCGGGAGGACAAACUGGACGGACUCAUUAAAAGCCUGCUGAAAGGGCGCGACAGCGAUGGCUUUCUCCAGUACCAGGAGAAGUUUAUCCGCGAGUGCAUCCGCAAGUUUCCAUAUUGUGAUGCCACUUUGCUCCAGCAGCUGGUUCGAAGUAUUGCACCCGUAGAGAUUGGUAAUGACCCCACAGCCUUCUCAGUGCUGACCCAGGCCAUCACGGGCCAGGUGGGCUUCAUGGACGCCGAGUUCUGCACCACCUGUGGAGAAAAGGGGGCAGAGAAGAGGUGCUCCAUCUGCAAAAUGGUGAUUUACUGUGACCAAGCCUGCCAAAAGCUACACUGGUUCACACACAAGAAGGUCUGCAAGAAACUGAAGGAGCAGAGGGAGAAUCAGGAUGCGGAGUCGGCCAAACUGAUGGAAGAAGAGCAGAAUGCCAAAGACAGUGCGGCAGUAGAAGACGCAACUACCUCCAUUCAGGAUCUCUCUGUGGGACAGGGGGAAGAUUCACCCUCUGGCUCAUCCCACCUCCAGGCUGAUCCCCAAUCAGCCAAUCAGGUUUAAAUCCAGUAAAAUGGAGACUGAGGCUCACUAAUCCCCACACACCUGUGUGAUCGUAGCCCUGUGGAGGAUGAUUGGCCUGCUCUAAACAGCAGAACUAUCCAGUUUGCUGGGUCUCACAGCUGACAAGACACCUUGAAACGUCCAGGCUGUUGCAUAUUGUGGGGAACAUGGCGAGGGUCAUGGGAUGGGAAAUUGGCACAAAGCAUUGCAACUCACCCACAUAUGAAGGAAUGUGUGAGUCACAGAGAAUGAACAUUGUCUCUGCUCAGCCAUUCUGCUUUACUUUGUUUUCCACAUUAGUGGCUUACAGGAUUAUACAUCUGGCCAAUAAUUUAGGUAUCUUCACUGUGUUUGUUUGGUAUUGGCUGCUGAACUGAGUGCAUUUAGAUACAUUUUUCAAUGUAAAUUCGGCUGGUUACCUGAAUGUGGUUUGUGCUUUUUUCAACACCCUGUUCUGUGGGUUCCUGAGGGACCAUGGCAGUUCCCUGGCCAUUUUUGCAGGUAGACUGUGUUUACAGGUUCUUGAAUAGAUGUAAAGGUGACUUUAAAACAUGGAGAAAAUGAUUAGAUACCCAAUCGUGUAGCCCAAAGUGAAAGCUAAUGCUUAUUUUCAGCUGCCAUUCAUUCCAAAAUUUCUCAUUUUGGCUGAAUCAUAAUUGACAAUCCAGUCACACACUGGCACAAAAGUAUACAGCUACACUCUACUGGUCAAAUGUUUUAGUAACUCCAUUCAAUUUUCAAGCAAUCCGAUAAAAAUGUAUUUUUAAAGAAAUUAUAAAAUAAAUAUAAAAAAAAGAACAUGAACCUUAGAUUAUUCAAAAUAGCCCUAAAAAGUUCAGAGCACUAAAGUCUACUAAAAAGUUUGACCGGUAGUGUACAUCCAUGACUUUGGAAUUCUGUACUGUAGAUUUGGAAAUGUGUAACAUUACAUUAUUAGACAAUCAUGAUCAAUGUACUUAACUGUGCAGAUGUCUCUGGUGACUGGCCAUUCUUAAUUAUAGCAUUGGAAAAUAUUUAAUAUGUGGAUAUUAAAUGACCAAUAAAAAAGAUUUAUAGUUUAUUGUGGAGCUUUUAUUUUUUUUGAUGUUGAUUACUUUUUUAUUUUAUUUAUUUGGAAGGAGGGUAGUGUAAUUCCUUUUCUGUUUUCAGGAGGGCUGGAUUGGGUUCAAGCAGACAGUAUAAUGCACAAGCCACAUGUGCUACAUAUGUAGUGAAUUAUGUGCUUCUUCUCCUGGUUAUCUGUGUGUUAUUGCCUCUGGCAGUGAUUCAUUCACCUAGCAGAAACCACCCUUCAUGCCCUCGUCCAUACACCAUGGACGACGUUUUUUCUCAUAGUUUAUACUGGAGGAUAACACAGAAGGCUGAAGCAGUUGAGGUUGAGUACCUUGUAGAAGGAUGCUAAUGCAGGUCCCUGCUGGUGAACAGAGCCUGUAAUCUAUUUACAAGCCAUUUUAAUCUGCAUCAUGAAGGGAAAAACUAUAACAAUGGCAUACAUGCUAAUAAAGAAUCCCUUGCACCAGACUUCAUGCAAAACUUAAAAACUUACGUUGAUGACAAUUUUUUAUACGCAAAAAGGUUGUGGUUUGUUUUUGGCUGAUGUUCUUGCCGGCUGCAUAUUAUCCAUGUAUGACUGUGUCUCCACCUGAUGCUCCGGCUCUUUCCAUUUGGAAAGAAGUUCCGGUCAGCGGAGCAGCUUCUGCCCGCCGCCCAAAGGCCAGAGACUGUCGGACACGGUGUCUCUCUGGGCAGUACUGCUGAAACGCUGCAGUCCUCUCCUCCUGCUUCACCUCUUAAACACAAGAAGCCCAUCGUUUCGAACCUGGUCUCCACAGUUCAUAUACUCUCAUAGUACAAUAUACCCCUAGCCAGCUAUAUAAUAUAUAAUUCAUUUGUACCUUUGUGGCUUGGAAAACAUAAUCAUUUGUGCCCAAAGAGACCAUUACUGUACUUAUAGGGUACAUUUGGGAAAUGUGGUCCUUGAACAAAAAUCUGUAUUUUUGUGAGUGUAUAAUGCAUAUAAUGUAUAAUAUAGCCAUGUUUAAAGUUUCAUUUUACAAAGACGUUUGCGAUACAACCUUGUUUCAUUAAAGUUCAUACUAUAUAUACAUGA